CAACUUGAUAGAGAGUAACAGUAAAUCAGACAGAGCAGCUCCUCCGCUCCAGCAGUGAAACUGAAGCCCUGUUGCAAGUAUUUUUGGCUGCAGACAGCACCGAGUGAGAUCACUGCGGUCUCUUUCCUCGGACACACUCAAGAGGGACCGUUUUCACUCUCCUUUCUGCUAUAUCCCAACAUUAUAUCACACUGGAAAUGUCCGAAAACAAGCCGAAUGAUGAGCCGAAGUUAUCCACGACGGACAGGGUGGUGAAAUCUGUUCCGUUCCCUCCCAGUCACCGGCUGACGGCCAAAGAGGUGUUCGACAGCGAUGGGAAGCCCAAGGUGGACGUGCUGAAAGCCCACCUGACCAAGGAGGGCCGCGUGGAGGAGGCGGUGGCUCUGCGGCUCAUAGGGGAGGGCGCCGCCAUCCUGCGUUCUGAGAAGAACCUGCUGGACAUCGAGGCCCCGGUGACAGUGUGUGGAGACAUUCACGGGCAGUUCUUCGACCUGAUGAAGCUGUUCGAGGUGGGAGGAUCUCCAGCAUCCACGCGCUAUCUGUUCCUGGGGGACUACGUUGACAGAGGAUAUUUCAGUAUUGAAUGUGUGCUGUACUUGUGGGCCUUAAAGAUACUUUACCCCAAAACACUGUUUUUGCUGCGUGGGAAUCAUGAAUGUAGACAUUUAACAGAGUAUUUCACAUUUAAGCAGGAAUGUAGAAUUAAGUAUGCAGAGAGGGUGUAUGACGCAUGUAUGGACGCCUUCGACUGUCUUCCCCUGGCUGCACUUAUGAACCAGCAGUUCCUGUGUGUACAUGGAGGACUGUCCCCAGAAAUCACAAAUCUUGACGACAUCAGGAAACUAGACAGAUUCAAAGAGCCUCCAGCGUACGGGCCCAUGUGUGACCUGCUGUGGUCCGACCCACUGGAAGACUUCGGGAAUGAGAAGAGCCAGGAGCAUUUCACACACAACACAGUGCGAGGCUGUUCCUACUUUUACAGCUACCCUGCAGUGUGUGACUUUCUACAACACAAUAACUUAUUAUCUAUCAUCCGGGCCCAUGAAGCGCAGGAUGCUGGAUAUCGUAUGUACAGAAAGAGUCAGACCACUGGCUUCCCUUCACUCAUUACUAUCUUCUCCGCUCCUAACUAUCUAGAUGUCUACAACAACAAAGCCGCGGUGCUGAAGUACGAGAACAACGUCAUGAACAUCCGGCAGUUCAACUGCUCCCCUCACCCCUACUGGCUGCCCAACUUCAUGGACGUGUUCACCUGGUCUCUGCCCUUCGUUGGCGAGAAGGUGACUGAGAUGCUCGUGAACGUCCUGAGCAUCUGCUCCAAUGAUGAGCUGACGACUGACGAGGAGCUGGACGGACAGCUAAUAUAUCCCCCCAAAAAAGGUGCCACAGCUUCGGCCCGCAAGGAGGUCAUCCGCAACAAGAUCCGCGCCAUCGGCAAGAUGGCCAGAGUGUUCUCUGUGCUCAGAGAGGAGAGUGAAAGCGUGCUGACGCUGAAGGGCCUGACCCCAACAGGCAUGUUGCCCAGUGGAGUGCUGUCUGGUGGGAAGGAGAAGCUGCAGAACGCUACUAUUGAAGCUAUUGAGGCUGACGAAGCCAUCAAAGGCUUCUCGCCCCAACACAAGAUCACCAGCUUCGAGGAGGCGAAGGGUCUGGACCGCAUCAACGAGCGGAUGCCGCCGCGGCGAGACGCCCUGCCGUCCGACGCCAGCCUCAACUCGCUCAACAAGGCGCUGUCGUCAGAGACCAACGGCACGGACGCCAAGGGAAGCACCAGCAGCGGCGGCAGCAUCCAGUGAGCCGGCGCCGGCGCCGCCUCGGCCGCCGGGGCCCCGCCCCCAGCCCCGCCCCGGCCCGCCCGCGGGGGCGGAGCGUGAGAGGUGUGGGGGCGUGUGGAGGGGAGGCGUCGCACUUGCUCGUCUUUGGACAUGCCUUCAUAGUCAGAUCUGCUACGUUACGGCCGGUUCCCAUUUCUGAAGGCUCAGGCCUCUAUAGCGCUUGAUGCUGCACCACACCACAGUCUGUCCGCGAGGGGGGGGGGGGAGGGGAGAGCGAGACCUUAGGCUGAUCCGUCUUUAGUUUUCCUUUCUCGAGACCCUUUGCUCAUUUACACCGAAACGCAGUCGCGUAACUUCUUACUAACUAUCGUACGUUUACAAAAACACAGCACUAAAACGGACAGAACAUGAGAUGAUGUUUUUAACAUAUAAGGGUGUACAAACUAAAUAAGGACUAUUUAUUGAUAACUUUGUUUUGCUACUCUUAUAAAAUAGCUCUAAAAUGAAUUAGGCAGUCUUAAAAAGAAUGUUGCAAUGUUGUCGAAAUGCCAAAUAAUAGAAGGUUUUAUGGUUUUGUACAUAUGCUUACCUCAGGUUCUUUUGGUGUGUGCUUUGACCUGAUUUUUCUGUAUAAUGGCUAAUAACUCGGUGAUGAAUACCUAUUUUCUUGAGUUUCAUAACUGGAAUUUACAUUUACCUAUCUAUCAUUUGCAAAUAUGUUUUAUUUUUGUCUCUUUUGGAACGGGAGGGCUGGGGUAGAUUUAUUGUGGCUUGCUGGAACUGAGUGUUAAUUUUUUCUCUUUAAGUAUUGCGAACAAAGUAAAAAUAGAGAUCCUAUAUUGUGUAAAAAAAAAAAAACAGCGAAUACAAUAACGUGUCUGCCUAUGCAUGUUUUAUAAAAAUCAGAGGAACUAGAAAAUCUGAAAACCUUGGCUGUGGAGGCCUGUUUUGAAAUAUACCGCGCUUUAGUGAACAUAUACUGGAAACGUAUACCUGCAUACUUUCAAUUAGCACCAUGAUGCUCGAUGCCUUCAACUUCUUUUGUAAUUGAAGCAUUUAACUAUCAAAGGUGGAUGAGAAAUCAUAUUUUUAACCUGCGCUUGUAAGUGCACACAGUCCAAUUAAGCAUGUUUGACAAUUGUUGUGAGGUGUGUGGUUACACGUGUAACUCAAAAAUGCAUGAAUAGCUGUUUGUGUCAUAUAACAGGUAAAUCGGUUUUGCUCUGUUUUGUAAAUGUGCCACAGAAAGUGUCAUUUGAUUAUGAUUAUUAUUAUUAUUAUUAUUAUUAUUUGGAACUCUGCUUUGUAUAUCAGUUACGGGUUUGAUACUGCUCAAUACUUUAAGAUGAAACAAAAAAUACUUCGAUCUUUUUUAAGAACUGCUUAAGUGCCCAAGUAAUUCACUACACGACACGAAGCCUUGCUUUUGUAAUUUAACUUCAGAACUGUUGGCAGAUGAGGCAUGCACUUGCAACUAUGAAAAGUAUUUUAUAUAACUGUUCAAUAAAAAUGUGCAUGAAUUUCAACUGGA